CAUCUGUUUAAGAUUUGUCUAAUCCAAAUUAGACCACUCUCUCAUAAUAAGCUAUAAAUAUUCUCCUUUUCAGAUACCAAAUUCGUUUUUUUUCUUCUCUCUUUGAAAAUGAUGUCCCCAAGGCCAAUCUCUGAGGUUCGUGGAUCGUCUCAUUUCAGGCAAACUCCAUUGCAGAUAAUCCACAUUGUUGGGAACUUAAUGAGAAUAUGGUCAGUUUACUCCAUGUAUCGGUACCUGAACCAGACUGGAGCUUCAGUGAUACUUUUUAUCUUCAGUUGUCUGGUUCCAUCAUCUAUCUUAUUUUUAUUCUUACAAAAGCCUUGGAAGGGAAGACCGCUCUCAAAUACACAGGUUGUUCCUUCUGUAAUCAGUGGAGCAAUAACAGCUUUAUACUUCAUCUUGUGGGGAAAGGGGCUUAAAUCAUGUGGACCACUUAGAGCUAUAUUGGCGGAGUAUUCUGGUGUUGUUCUUGGAGUAUUAUCUGCAGUAUUGUAUGGUAGAAAAGGCCAUGUCUGGAAAAAGGUUGGUGGGCUUAUUGCAAUGGUGGCAUCUUUUUAUUUCUUAUCUCAAGGCUGGGCUGUUGCAACACUUUCUCCAUUCUCAUUCAAAGAUAGCCUCGAUUCAGUGGUUCAGACUGAACAAGUAUUGAGCAUGAGUCAAAUGAUGGUUCCCAUCUUGGCUGGGAUCUUAUCAGCUCUGAGAAGGGUGAUUGCGAGGCGGGUUUCACUCAAGAAUCAACUCAAAAGGCGGCUUCAUGCAAUAACCAUUGCUUCUGCAACAUCUUUUUUAUUCCCUGUGGCCAUGUGGGACUUUAUCAUAGGAUCCUCUGACAGCAAUGUGGAACUGCCAUUUUCUGCCUGGCCUUUUCUGAGUACUGUUCUCUUAGGAAUAAUAUUGAUAUUCUACGUCGACAGCAUCGCAGAGGAGAAGUAUGACAGUAGCUAAAGCAGUGCUAUGGCU